AUGAAAUUCACAAAAAUAAAAUCUUUCAGAAUAAAAAUUUUAGUGACUAUAAUAAUAAUUAUCUAUUUUUUUUAUACUAUUCAUAAAAAUUUAUUUGCAUCUUCUUCAUGUUCUCAUCUAUAUAACAUUGAUUCAUUUCAAACAUGUGCUUUAUCAAAUCAAUUUUGUAACGCCACCAUCUUACUCAAUUCUUACAUUGCUUAUAGAACUUGUAUCAUUGAAAAUUCAUUUACUGAUGCAGAUUACGUUGUUUUUGAUGCAGUUAAUGGUUUAGGUAAUCGUAUUAUUGGUUUAAUAGCUGUUAUUAGUUAUGCUCUUGUGACUAGUCGAGUUAUUCUAAUAAAUUGGCAACCAGGUGAUAAUCAUCAAGCUUCAUUCGAAGAUCUUUUUUUGCCUUUAUCAUUAUCAGACAAUGUACAUUUUCAUGAUCAAUAUUCAUUGCCAAGAUUAGCUAAUCUGAUUAAAAAUCGAUGGAUAAAUGAAAUUGAAACUAAAACAAAAAAUAGUCGAAUACCACCCGAUUGGGCAUUCUAUUUUGAUCGUGAGAUUUUAUGUAAUGAUAAUACAUACAAUCAAUCAUGGUUUGUACGAUUUGGAUUUUAUAUUUUAAAUUUUAUUGCUCAUCAUGUUAAAUGGAUUCGAACUGAUCAAUAUUUUGUACCAUUGUUAAAGCGAAAUGAAAUGACACGACAAGCAUUUAUUACAAUUUUCCAAAAUGGACAAGUUUUCUCAGAAUUAGCAACAAGAUUUUUACGUCCUGUGCCGAAAGUUAAUGCAAUUAUCAAAGAUUUUCAAACAAAAUAUAAUUUAAAGAAUAAAAUUAUUACAAUCGGAGUUCAUAUGCGUAGCUGGUCAGCAAAUAUGAUUAAUCAUAUUGAGCCAUUUCAAAAAUGUAUUGAACAUGUUAUACAAAAUGUUAGUAAGUCUAGUAGAAACGAAACCAAAAUUCGCUUAUACAUCAUUUCAAAUACUCGAAAACGCCGUCAACAACUAGAAAAUCGUAUUUCAAAAAUGUAUAAAAAUUUUGAAAUACUCAAUUCACCAGAACCACCUGAAACUGCUAAUGUAAUCGAAGAGAUGCAAUAUACUUUGGCAGAAUUACUUAUACUAUCGAAAAUGCAACAUCUUAUCAUAACAUCAAAAUCAACAUUCGGUAUGAUUGCUCAAGGUUUAGCACGUAAAGGUGCCUGGAUAGUACGACAAGGUGCAUCACAUGAAAUACAAACCAUUAAGUCAGAUCUUUGUGAAUGGGAAUCGACUAGUGAACCAGAAUAUCAAAUUAUGGGUUCACUUCAAGUCAAUGAUACUUGUUCCAAAAAUAGUGCAUCUUUACCAAGUAUUGGAGAGAGAACUGUUGUUUAGCUUGGAUGUUUGAUUGCAUUAGUUGAUGAAACAUGGAAAGCCAGUGAUCUUGAUCUUAUCCAACAUAUGAAUGUUGAUAUGCUUAAAUUACCAAGACUUCUUAAUGAUACAUAUCUUGAAGAAUUUACUGAUUUACAAAAACAACCAAAUGCUAAAUCAAGUGGUAGUCCUUGUUCCAUCAAACAUUUACGUAAAAAAAAUUUUGUUGAUACACUUAAACGUCAAUUACAUGCACAAGUAUCAGGUAAACAAGCUGGUGGAAUUGAAUCAGCAGCUGUUGUUGCAUUUGUUAAAUAA